GGGCCCGGGCCAGGGCCUUUGCGGUUCUGGGAGGCACUGCCCGGGCGGGCGGAGGGGGCGUCCGUCCGCUCGGCUGCAGCAGGAGGGUGCUGUCCAACUAGGCCCGGGCACCCAGUCGGCGCCCACUAAAUGCUGGCGGGGAGUCAGGGGGAGGCGGGCAACUCCUGUUUCCCCCCAGCCAGCCAGCGGAAGUGAGAGAGGUGCGGGUGCCCCUGCCCCCAGCGGCGCCCACCUGGCUCACCCAUGGGUGGCGGGGUUGGCUGGCCCCCUCCCCCUCCGCGCCAGCUGCCUCCCGAGAGGGCGUCCAGGAUUCCAUGUCAGUCCCCCCCGCCCCAAACAGGACCAGGGCGUAACCCUGAGUGUGCCGCUCCCACUCUGGGGGGGCUGCCCACCACCAGCCAAUCACUUCCUAUUGGCAGAGCUGGUCCCGGGAGGCCAGGGCCUGCUGCUGCCCGGUGGGGACUUCAGGCCGGGGACAUCGCCCCCCCACCCCAGGGUGGCCGUCCGUGGGGCCCCUGGAGCACCUAUCAGCUGGGCUGGGGCUCUGUUUACCGCCGGCCAUCGCUGUGGAGACAGCCUGGGGGGGGCAGGUCGCUGUAAAACCAAAGCCUAUUGAAGAAAGAGGAGCCAACGGGGACACUGAAAUUUUAAUUCGUGGGUCACUCUGGGGGGGUAUUUAUUAUUCAGUUCUGAUUGGCUGCGUGGUGGCCACUCAGCACCCUGCCUGGCCGGAGCCGCAACUCUGAGCAGAGGCCCGAGGGUGGCAGGGGGAGCCGGCGGCCCUGGCUCUGUGUGGGAGACUGAGGCCUGGCCCCGCGGGCAGGGCACGUUCCCGGGCCACAGCAAGUGCGUGGCGGCUUGGGUUUUCUCCUUUCUUUUCCUAACCCCUCUGACCUGCGCCUGGGUCCACCUGGUGGCAGCCAGAAUUGCAUCGGAGGAAACCAAGGCCCCCAGGGAAGGCCAGACGGGAGCUGGGAAGCCCUGGUGGUCAGAGUGAGCCCCAGAGUGGAUGCCAUUGCUGGGCAGGGGAGACUGAGGUGCAGGGGACACAGAGUGGCCCAAGGUCACCCUGCCAGAGCCAGAUCUGACCACGGUGGCCCUGCCUUGGGUGCAGGCCUGCCGGGCGCCCCGUGUUGCAGCCGAGGGUGUCUGCCCACCUGUCUUGAGAAGGGCCAGGGGUUGGCCGCAGAGCGUCACCUGCGGGCACCUGUCUGAAGGGAGCGUCACCGAGGCUUAUUAAAUCCUUCUUGCAGAGAUGACGUGGAGGCUCAGAGAGGGCCAGCAAGGCUCCCAAGGUCACACAGCAGGAGCCGUAGUCCUCCUGCCUCCCUGCCCCACCGGGCCGACACGUUCUGGCACGUGAGUGUGCAGGGCCCCUUUCCAGCCCGCCGCCCACCAUUCCCGCCCGGGCACCUUGGCCCUCGGGGGCCGCAGGGCUCUGGGUUUCACGGCUUCGUGUCAGAGGAGACCAAGGUCAGGAGUCAGGGCCAGCGAGGGCUGGAGGCCGGCGCGCUUGCACCCAGGCCGCCGGAGUGUGGCCCGUGGAGUUGUAGGGUGGCCCUGGUGGCACCUGCAGACCCACCUGUGCCGUGUCUCCCCUCCUCCCUUGUGGGGGAAGCUCCCAGGGCGUGCCAGGGACCCACUCGAGUGUUGGGCGUGGGUCACCAGCCACCUGAGACGCUCGUCACCCCCACCUGUCACCUGGUGCUCCAGGCACCUGCCAGACCUCGACCCGCCCCGCAGUGGCCCUGAGCAGCAGGGACUAGAGGAACAAGCUUGGGUGGGGGUGAGUGUGCUCCAGUCCCAGCCCAGCUCGGUGGCCCUGACGUCCACCCGGGCAGUCCCUGCCCCUCUGCCCGUCGGUACAACGGAGGGAUUGUCUUCAGCCCAGAAGUGUCGUCCUGGGGGGGGGUCACUCAGUGGUUCCCCGGGAACGUUUGUUGAGCAACUACUGUGCGCAGUAUCGGGGCCUUGGGGAGCCUGUCCGACAUCCCCACGAGCUCUGGGGGGGUGUGGGGUGCAUAGCCGUCUUCAGGCCCAUGGCGCCCACGGCGGGGGGGUUUACCCUCUGGCGUACCUGGGGGUGGCAUGUCAGCAGACAGGGACAGGGAGCCCUUGGGUGGCUACUUCUGCAGGAGGGAGCCCGACGGCCUGUGUUCAACUUCUAGCUCUGCUGUGUGACCCUGGGCGAGUCGCCUCCUCUCUCUGAGCCUGCUUCCCAUCUGCAGAAUGGGACGCUGGCCGCUGCGUCCCAGAGCUGUGAGGAUGGUGUGUGAGGUGGCCCUCUUGUUGACGUGACCGAGACUGGCCUCCCACCUUCCUCCGAGAAGCGCGAGUCCAGAGCCCCAAAGCCCCAGAGCACAGAAGGCGCCCGCUGAGGACCUGGCGCUUGCGGGAAGCGCUGCCAAACGACCGGCCCCUCCAUCUGUCCCCCAGCAGGCUGUGGACGGCCACUCUGUGGAAGCGUCCCCACCCACGCCUUUCUGGUUUGACUGGAAGACAAGGCCCCGGCCCACCACCUAUCAGGGUCUCGGCGCGGAAGAUGGCCGGCGGCGUGGACGGCCCCAUCGGGAUCCCGUUCCCCGACCACAGCAGCGACAUCCUGAGCGGGCUGAACGAGCAGCGGACGCAGGGCCUGCUGUGCGACGUGGUCAUCCUGGUGGAGGGCCGCGAGUUCCCCACGCACCGCUCGGUGCUGGCGGCCUGCAGCCAGUACUUCAAGAAGCUGUUCACGUCGGGGGCCGUGGUGGACCAGCAGAACGUGUACGAGAUCGACUUCGUGAGUGCCGAGGCGCUCACCGCGCUCGUGGACUUCGCCUACACGGCCACGCUCACGGUCAGCACGGCCAACGUGGGCGACAUCCUCAGCGCCGCCCGGCUGCUGGAGAUCCCCGCGGUCAGCCACGUGUGCGCCGACCUGCUGGACCGGCAGAUCCUGGCGGCGGACGCGGGCGGGGACGCGGGGCAGCCGGACCUCGUCGACCAGAUUGAUCAGCGCAACCUGCUCCGCGCCAAGGAGUACCUCGAGUUCUUCCAGAGCAACCCCAUGAACAGCCUGCCCCCCGCCGCCGCCGCCGCGGCCGCCGCCGCCGGCUUCCCCUGGUCCGCCUUCGGCGCGUCCGACGACGACCUGGACGCCACCAAGGAGGCCGUGGCGGCCGCGGUGGCCGCCGUGGCCGCGGGCGACUGCAACGGCCUGGACUUCUACGGGCCCGGCCCCCCCGCCGAGCGGCCCCCGCCGGGGGACGGGGACGAGGGCGACAGCAACCCGGGCCUGUGGCCGGAGCGGGACGAGGACGCCCCGGCCGGCGGCCUCUUCCCGCCGCCCGCGGCCCCGCCGGCCGCCACGCAGAACGGCCACUACGGCCGGGGCGGGGAGGAGGAGGCGGCCUCGCUGUCGGAGGCGGCCCCCGAGCCCGGCGACUCCCCGGGCUUCCUGUCAGGGGCGGCGGAGGGCGAGGACGGGGACGGGCCCGACGGGGACGGGCUGGCGGCCAGCACGCUGCUGCAGCAGAUGAUGUCGGCGGUGGGCCGGGCGGGCGCCGCGGCGGCGGGCGACAGCGACGAGGAGGCGCGGGCGGACGACAAGGGCGUCAUGGACUACUACCUGAAGUACUUCAGCGGCGCCCACGACGGCGACGUCUACCCCGCCUGGUCGCCCAAGGUGGAGAAGAAGAUCCGCGCCAAGGCCUUCCAGAAGUGCCCCAUCUGCGAGAAGGUCAUCCAGGGCGCCGGGAAGCUGCCGCGCCACAUCCGCACGCACACGGGCGAGAAGCCCUACGAGUGCAGCAUCUGCAAGGUCCGCUUCACCAGGCAGGACAAGCUCAAGGUGCACAUGCGGAAGCACACGGGCGAGAAGCCGUACCUGUGCCAGCAGUGCGGCGCGGCCUUCGCGCACAACUACGACCUGAAGAACCACAUGCGCGUGCACACGGGGCUGCGGCCCUACCAGUGCGACAGCUGCUGCAAGACCUUCGUGCGCUCCGACCACCUGCACAGGCACCUCAAGAAGGACGGCUGCAACGGGGUGCCCUCGCGCCGCGGCCGCAAGCCCCGCGUCCGGGGCGGGGGGCCCGAGCCCGGCCCGGGGGCCACCGCGCCCCCCGGCGCCCCCGCCCCGCCCGGCUCCCCCGACGCCCGGCGCAACGGCCAGGAGAAGCACUUUAAGGACGAGGACGAGGACGAGGACGCGGCCAGCCCCGACGGCUCGGGCCGCUUGAAUGUAGCGGGUGCCGGCGGUGGGGGCGGAGGGGGCCCCGGGGCCGCCACCGACGACAGCUUCACAGCCGGACUCGCCUGAAAACCAAAAAGAGAAAACAGAAACCCGAGAACGAGAGAGCGAGAGAGAGAGAGAGAAAGAGAGAGAGAGAGAAACCACCCACCACCCCCCCAAACACAAAAAAAGAAAAUCUAUCUAUAUACAGAUAUCUAUAUCUAUAUAUAUAUAUACAGAUAUAUAUAUAUGAAGCGUCACAGAAUCUAGGGUAGCGCUUUCCUCAGACUCCCCCUCCCUGACGUGUCCCCCCUCCAGGGCCCGGCCCCCUCCCCGGCUCCCCCGCCACCCUGUCGCUGGGUUUCGGGCCUUGGUUUGGGGUUUUUGUGGGACGCGAGGAUUCCGCACAGCCCCGGCCCGGGCGCCCGGCCUGGGGUCCGGGCCGGUCCGAGGCCCUGGGCUGGGGCGAGGGCGGACUUGGGGGGCUGGGGGGGUGCCAGGGACUGGGAUGGGCUUUUAGUUUCCUCCCCUUGCUGGUUUCUAGGAGUCUUUCGGACAAGACCUUAAAUGAUUUCUGUCUGCUCUGAGUGGACGUUAAAAUGGACCCCCGGCCCCCCACCUUCCUUCCUCAGGGCACUUACUAAGGGGGGGUCUCCCCUCCAUCUCCCCGAUGGCCUCCCCACCCCCCACCCUGCCCGUGGCCGGCACCCCGAGUCUCAGGCCGCCGAGACACAAAUCUAUUUAUUCCCCGGCCUGGAGGAAGGGGACAGGACCGCGGGUUGGGGCUGGGGCGGGGAGGACACCCGGACGGCCCGGUGGCUCCUGCCACCUCCCCUCACGGCACUUAGACCCGGCGGGACCCCCAGGGGCCACCCCUCAGGGCGCCCCCCUGCCUAGACCCCCCACCCCACGCUUGGAGAUUCGGAACUUUGUCUCUGCCCCGGCCCCGGAGGCCCCGUGUCCCGACUUUUUAAAGCACUUUUUAGAUUAUUUUUUUUCUCUUUUUCUCCUUAAAAACAAAAAUUUAUAUAUAGAUAUAUAUAUAUAUAUAAAAUAUAUACUUUUCCUCAGAGGAGCAGGCAAGCCGCACGGCGCGCAGAGCCCGGGCCGGACGGACGGGGGCCGGGGCCGGGGAUGGCAGGGACGACAGGCAGAGACAGUCCACAGUUCCAGUGUCACAAAAGCAAUAAAAGAAACAGAAACAAGAUUUUACAAAACGAAAGGAAGAUUAAAAAAAAAAAAAAAACAAAGACAAAAAAAAAAAAUAGGCAACCAACCACAUUAGAAGUCUUGGCACUCUGUAACAGAACGGGUACUACACUUUAUCUUAAUUCUUAAUUUAAAAAGAAAAACCAUGUUUACAAGUUGCAACCAACUUCUAUGAAAAGUUGAAAAGACAAAAAAAAGCGAGCGAGAGAGAGAGAGAGAGAGAGCAAAAGAAAUUCCUAAAAGUCGAUUUAUUUUUGUACAAAAUAAUAAAAAAAAAAACCCACCGCAGACGUAGAAUCCACUUCUGUUCCCCAAAGGCAAGAAGGGGGGGCCCAGAAGGAAGGCCCGGAAGGGACCCGAGAGACACGCUCCGAGGGGUCUGUCGUGGGGCCCGAGGAACUGGCCCGGAAGGCAGGACGGUGGGGUUUUUGUGUUUGUGCCGUGUCACCCCCCCUGUCUCUGCCCCCCCCCUUAUGUCCCCUUUUUCAGUUCUGAUUUGGAGAAGUCCUACCGCCCGAGCCAUACGAGUGGCCGUCUCUGCCCACGGGGACCCUCCUUCCUCACCCCCUAGCUCAGGGAUGGCCCGAGAGGGGGCUGGCCUUCCCACCAGCCCGAGCACCCCGACCUGCACCCCGGACCCGAUGGCUGUCCUCCCGCAUGGCCACCGAGGGGCUGCCAUCCUGGACAUGCCCGCCCCGUCGAGGUGGGUGACAGGGGCCCCCCACCUCCAGGGCCUUAGACCCCCUCCCCCAGGCACCCCUCUUUUUACUCAAAGGCACUGACUGUAACCCCCACCCCCCGGGUGCUGGCACCUGCCUCCCCCCAACCUCUGGCUCCCGCAGGGCCCGGCAUGGACCGAGCCUUAGGCCACGGAGUGGGGCCAGGGUCGGGGAGACGGUGUCACCAGAUGCCAGGCCGCCCCCUUCCCCUGCCCUGCCCUGCAUACGCAACGCCUAGCGUGGCCCUGUAUAUAGCGCUGCCCCAGCCACCGAGACCCCGCCAGUGCCCGGUGGGGCGUGUCACCCUGCUCCUCUGUGACAGCGCCUCUUCUUGUCUCUCCUUUUUCUUUCGUUUUUAAAGGGAAGCUUUUUAAGAAGGUAAUUUUCAUAUUGUUUCUACAGGAUAGUUUUUUGGUCUCCUUCCCUGCCCCUCCAAAACCUGUCAGCUCCCCCAACACGCACCCCGAAUGUCUCAGGAUCCCCUUUGGGGCCGGUGGCAGCACGCUGGCCUCGGUCGUCCCCCGAUUUCGGAGAACCAUCUUGUCGUGGCCGAGCAGGGACACCUCCCCUCCCCACCCCCCCAAAAACUCCCAGAGAGGUCCCCAAGAGGGGAGCCCUGUUCCCCCUACCCACACACCCCCUCGCAAUAAAACCAACUCAAAAACCA